GCGCUAGUCAGCCCCGCCCGCCGGCGGGCCGCGCAGGGAAGGAAGGAGGCCAGGCUAGUAGGCCCCUGUUGAGGUCGGACUCGUGAGGCGGGAAAGCACCGAGAGAGCCACCGGCGGGGUGAGAGCGCCCCGGUCACGGGGGCCGGGGCUCGGCCUUAGAGCUCGGGGUAAUAACCCUCGAAGGAAGGUGGACGGAAAAAUGUGACUCACCAGGAAAAUGAAACCAAGUGCUAUGAAGAUUAGCAACAAAGGACAAGUUACACGUAGCAGGUGGAACGCAAGGAAAAACAGAAAAAAAUAAACCUUCUCUGAAAACUUUGAAAAAAGAUACCACAAAGACAGAGAAAUCUAAAUAUAAGCCACUUACUGGGAAGGUGUUUUAUCUUGAUAUUCCGUCUAAUGUGAUCUCUGAAAAAUUAGAGAAGGAUCUUAAGGAACUAGGAGGGAACUUUUAAAAUGAUUUUUUGGAAAGGAUAAGUGCACAAGCAAGAGAAAUGAAAUGGGUAUUAUUUCUGUACUGCUAUUCUUGGGGAAGCAGCAUGGUCCCAAUUUUGUGAGAUGCUUUGUGCUCUCAACUCUACGGUGAUGAAGGGGACCCCGGAGCCCCAGCAGCUCUGGGUACUGGACCCUCAUAAGAACGGCCGUACUGGGUCAAACCAAAGGUCCAUCUAGCCCAGUAUCCUGUCUACUGGCAGUGGCCAAUGCCAGGUACCCCAGAGGGAGUGAACCUAACAGAGAGUGGAGGGAUUUCUUAGCAAAGAUAUCAGCUAUCUGAUUUCUAAUAAAAAGGAAGCAAAAUUUGCUCAGGUUCUUGGACAAAUUUCUCCGGUCCCAAGCCCAGGCUCUGCACAUACGGGCGGAAAUAGUUCACCUCAUCCCAGUAGCAGAAGAGAUCGACAUGAUGGAAAUUCAUUUAAGAUGGUGGAUACAGUACGUUUGAGCAGAGGAAAAUCUUUAGUUGAAAAAGCUAUCAAAGAACAGGAAUUAAUCCCUUCAGGUAGUAUACUAUCCAAUGCCUUGAGUUGGGGAGUGAAAAUACUUCAUGUUGAUGAUAUUAAAAAUUAUCUUGAGCAAAAGAAAAAGGAGCUCUACCUGAUCAAGAAAGCAAGCAUUUCAAUCAAAGAUGUGGGGAAACGAUGUGGUGGUCAGAAAUCAAAAAGUCGGCUGAAAAAUCCAUUUGUGAAGGUGGAAGACAGAAGCUGCCGUUACAGACCAUUUUAUCUGCAAUUAUCCAGCUUUCCUGUUCUCAACUAUUCUGCUCCAAAACCUUAUAGUCCAUUUGAUGUAGAUAAGAAGAAUGCUAGUGGCCAAAAGCAAACUCAGUCUAAACAAAGAAACAAAACAAAUAGUGACAAAGACUGUGGUGGUCCAGUUCAACUUCCUCUAAAGGAUAAGAAAAAGAAAGGGUAUUGUGAAUGUUGUAUGAAGAAAUAUGAAGAUCUGCAAACUCAUCUUGAAAGUGAACAGCACCAAAACUUUGCACAGAGCACCCAAUAUCAAGUUGUGGAUGAUAUAAUAUCCAAGUUUGUUUAUGACUUUGUGGACUACAGAGAUGAUACACAAAAAAUGAAAAGGACAAAAUGUAAUAUGGGAUACUUUUCUCCUGUUAUUGGAAACAUAACUAAAGCAGAUGAGCUGAAAGAACGAGUAAAAAGACAACACAUUUCAUUCAAGUGUUAUUCUUGGAAAGAUACUACAGUGCAGGCACUGAAACAGGACCAUCAACAUACAAAAGUAUCCCACAGUUCGGUACAAAAACGUAACUCCAUUUCUGAACAUGUAUGUUCUAUUCUUCCUUGCCAUCCAUCAUUUCCUUCCGAACUAGUAAGUAAAUUCAGAGGUAAUGCUGAAAAUGUUAAAAUAGAAGGUGCCUGUGCUUUAAAUCUAAAAGAGACUGAUUUAUCGCCAAACUUCAUACAGCUACCUCCCCAGAAAGACAACAAAACAUACCUUGAGAACGUAUCUGAAUUUUAUGGGCAUUCUAGUAAUGAAGUAUUUGAACCUGAAGUAAAUUUAAAUAGAAAGAAUUUACAAGGAGUGCAAACAAAGUUAUAUACUCAUGGUCUAGUCACUGAUAGUAAUGAAAAAGACAAAAAUACCUCACAGCCAAAACGAAAAUUAAAUAAUUCAUUUGUUCUACCAACAAAAUAUUUGAAGAAAACAGAUGCCAAUUCAGCCUUUAACAAAAAACAAUUAGAUUUUGGUGUGGAUAAUGAUCCACAGAGAGAGCAUCAUAUAGUUCUGAAGACUGAGACGCUACCACAUUGUCUUUCUACAAGCAAAGCAACUAGUGAAUGGGCUGUCAAUAGUGCACCUAGCUCACCUUCUGGAAAGCUGCACAGAAAAGUAAAACUUUCCUUAGGAAAAAAUAAAAGAGGAAACCGGAGACAGAUUAUGGAGUUAUGUGUAAAGCAAACUGAUGAUGUAUCUGUUAUUGAAGAAAAGAAAAAUGCAUGUUGCUCCCCAAUGCAGACUCUGGUGGAAUUAUUUCAGACAAGUGAAGUAAAUUCAGAUUUUGGGGGUUUUACAAGUUAUCCUGAGAAAAAAGAUUCAACUUGCCUGAAAGAUAUUUGGGAAGGACAAAAUGCAAAUUCUUUGUGGUCAUUAUUUUCCUCUUCCUCCUCAACCCCAUUUAUCGGAUUUUAAUGCUGCUUUAUUUAAAACAAUGAAUUUUGAAUAAAUUUGCAAACUGAUGAGGA